UAUAAGGAAAAUGGCGACCGAAACUGACAAUAAAAUGACUAACUGAAUAUUUUAAGUAAACAGCGACCUGAAUAGUCCUUCAAGUUGAACAUACGGAAGAAGAUUAAGGAAUAUGUAAGGAUUAUCCGUUUGAAAUAACGUUUCGCUUUCUCAGAUGGAUUUGGGAGGCGUUUCUCGGUUCCAGUUUUUGACAGUGUGUUUUCUGGUGUGUCAGUAUUUCCAUGUCUCAGAUAGCUUUGGAUGUGGACGUGAGACAAUAUCAGCUGAAGAGGGUGGAGUUAUAAAAAGUCCAAACUAUCCUCUGAAUUACCCCAGUGAUUAUUGUAAAACAUGGUUUAUCCAAGCACCUGAAGGCAAGAGAAUAAUCCUCCAGACUGAAGCAGGAAGUGAUGUUAAUAAACAGCAUGCAGUACCAGGUUUUUGUGACCAUGAUAUGUUGAAGUUUGGACCCACUCCUAGUAAAACAUACUGUAAUCUUUUCAACAGUAUACCACCCUACAUCUCUAGUUCCUCUCAUGUUUGGAUACGACUUUAUACAGAUUCUCAUCUAACAGCCCCUGGGUUUAAAUUGAUCUACAAAGUGGUGGAUGAAAAGGAUAUAGAAGCUAGAAGUAGUUAUUGUUACUAUCAGUGUGGUAAUGGAGAGUGUUAUAGACUGGAAGAGAAAUGUAAUGGAUAUAGAGACUGUCCUGACAACUCAGAUGAAGAGAAUUGUUAUCAGUCUGAAUCAACCCAGACAACUACACCGGAAGUACGAGAGAGGAAGCCAUUACAAUGUGGUAUCCACGAGAUAAAAUGUCGUCUGAAAUUAACCAAUCAUCUUGGAUGUUUAUCCUCAUUACAUCAUUGUGACGAAAAAGAGGACUGUGUCAGUGGAGAAGAUGAACAUCCCCUUCUCUGUCAAAUUAAUGAUAAUUCCUGUCAUGAAUAUAUACAUCAAGAUAAGGGAACGAUAUUAUCACCACGUUACCCUGGAAACUACCCUAACUCUAUAUCCUGUGAGUACCAGAUACAUAGCACUGUACCUAACAGAGCUAUACAACUACGCUUCAACGAUUUCCAUCUUCAAGCCGUAAAGAACACAGAUUAUUUAGUGGUGUAUGAUGGCCAAGAUAGAACCAGUGCAUUAUUAGGUGUAUAUAAUGGUAUAAUACAUCCUCCCUAUAUGUUGGAGUCAAAUACAGAAUGGGUCCUAGUACGGUUUCGAACAGAUUCUACUAUUACCUCUACAGGUUUUAAUAUUACUUACCAAACAGCAGGUCUGUGUAUAGCAGGGCAGACAUCUUGUGGAGGGUCUGAUAGAAAUUGUUUUGACAGUAAACAGAAAUGUAAUAGAGUUUGGGAUUGUAAACAUCAUGGUACUGAUGAACUCGGCUGUGAUCACUGUAGUAAGAGUGAGUUUAGUUGUGGUCCAGGAGAUUAUAAAUGUUAUCGUGAAGAUGUCCGAUGUGAUGGUAAGGGAUUCUGUGCUGAUUAUUCCGAUGAGAAAAACUGUACAAGUGAUAAAUGUAGUAGUCAUAAUGGUCUAUACCUGUGUCUGAACGGAAGGUGUAUCUAUGAGAAAUGGAUCUGUGAUAAUUCUGAUGAUUGCGGAGAUGGUAGUGACGAGGCUGAUUGUAGUGGAAGUCCAACUCGAGUAAUAAUAGCUGCAGUAGUUGGUUCGUUAAUAUGUUCGUUAUUACUAGUGGUGGCUCUAGGAUGUACAUGUCGUCUAUAUAUAUUCCGAACUCGAGACAGCUGUAGGCAGCGUCACAGUACGCCCCUCAGCCGUUUACAGGUAGAGAUUAUGGGCAGACGUCCCCCACCACCUUCUUAUAACGAGGCAAUGUUGACCUCACGACCUUACGAAGAAGUUCGACAGGAAAUAAUUUCACGAUCCACAACAAAUGGAGAAAUCAAUAUGGCUAAUAGACCACUUCCUGUUCCGCCUUAUGAAGCCUCAUCAACUGUUGCCAUAGCAACUGAUAAUUGUACCGCAGAGUUGAUUCCAGAAUCAAAUAGCGAUUCAGAAACCUCGGGAUGUGAUAAUAUGAACUGUCCCAGUAGUGAUGACGAACUUUUGGAUUUAACGGAGGAUUCUGAUGUCCAUAUAAGGAUGACACAAGAUGUCGGACUGUUAGCAGCGUGGCAUUCAAAUUCAAGUUUACACGUGGAUGAUUCUGGCGACACCCUGUUGCUGGAUUUGUCAGAAAAAUCUUCUCCAAGUUGUGAUAGUGACUCAAAAUCUACAGCACAAACUGACUGUUUAGUUGAUAUAUCUACGAAUGAUGUUAGUGACUCAACUGCAACUGAGCUUGAGCCGAGUGACUCGCAGAUACCUGAGACUGCGCCCAGAGACUCACCAGUAACUGAGAGCGAGCCCAGUGACACGUUAACACCUGAAAGCGAGCAUAGUGACGCGCCAAGUUUUUCCAAUAGUGACUUAAACACCACUACAUCAAGACAUAUCUUAAAUAUAUCAGAUCCACAUUGUGAUAAUAACUCUAACACUCCUGAUGCACGAACUCAAGACGAGUCAUCGCAAGAUUCCAGUUAUGUGACCCCGGAGUCAACUUCCAGCACCGAUAUGCCAUUUGCUGAUUCCUCAGACACCGUGCCUUUACUUGAAAGCUAGAAGAGGAAUCUAUGUUAUAUUUUAUUUGCAAUUUUUCAAAAGACAAGGCUCCAAAUUUCUGUCAGGGCUUGUAAUGUCUUUGCUGAAAAUCAGAUUUCAAAAUUUUCUGAUUUUUGCUUGAAACACUUUCAAAUACAAAACUCAUUACUACCACUUUAAAAAAUCUCAGCUUUGUAGCUGAUAAUAAAUGCAGAACCCAAUAACAGCUUAGACAUCUGUGUAAACAAAAAUAAAUUUUCUGCGAUUCUAUUUUUGUGCUCCAGAAACAUAAUUAAAUUGAGCAAUGAGGCAGACGUAAAACUUUG